CUUCCCAAUUCUUGAUCCUCACGACCAGAACAGACUUCUGUCUUGGUCAUUCUCUGUCCCAAAUCACGGUCAAGUAUAUGAUGCCAAUCGACCUGCGUAUCCCAAGAAAGCUACUAUGGCUUCUACGACCACCAUAAACACAUGGAUAGAAGAGCUUGUGCUCUCUCUUCCUCCACCAUCCGCAACAACCGACCUACACGGAUACAAAGAUAAUUUCAUCCGCACAGUCAAGCACCACAGCUAUGGCCGAACCAACCAGUUUGCUGUCGACGAAAAGCUUACGGGGCUCGAAGAAAAACUCCAGGUCUACAACCUCGACGACGUGGCUGCAGAGCUUUUCUCGCGACGUGCGGAGCUAAGGAAAGACCACAAUGACAAAAAGUGGUUGCCCGACGUUCUAGAUCUUCUACUCCAUCUUUCCCAUGAUCCUGUCCACCAUAGCAGGACUGAGAAUCUUGAGAAGUUGAUGCCUCGCGCAGAGACGCCUCCUCCAUUGAAAUGGGAGGAAAUUGACGCCGAGGAUCCUAUCGAUCGCCAGGAUGAGAUAUGGAGGCUUCCAAAGUAUUCUGAUUCCAGCUCUGAUGAAGACGAAUUCGCCACCUCAAGUACACCGCCUUCGCCAGUCGCUGUAAAGCAUGACCUUACGGAGGACGUGGAAGUCGAGAGUGCGUUUGAAGCGUCUGCAGCACGAGAGUCAGCAAAGUUAGAAGCCGUGCAAUUCUGGCAUAGGUCGGGACCUUUUGUGGCAGUCACAGAGACCCAAGCUGUAAGGGAGGUACUGUUUAUGCUCACAGGAAUGCCAACCUCCAUCUUCACCUUUACCGAUCGAGGCGUCCGCCCCAAUGCACGAUACUGUCUGGGUCAUCUAGGGAGGACAACGUCGAGGUCCUUACUGGAGGAGGCAGCUCGACUUGGUUCUGAUCUUAAUUCUAUUCGCCAAUGGCUGCGAAUGCCGCAGAGUUCGGCCGUCAUGCAAUUCAUUCAAAGCGCAAUCAAUGCUCUCAUGAUGAGUUUCGAAUUAGCCAUGUCCAAGGAACACGCUGCUAUCUUACACCAAUCUUCGCCGACGGGUGUGAUCAGCCUACUUCAAACCUUACAGAGAAUCGAGAAAGCAAGCCAGUCGUUGAAAGCUGUCAGCAUCAUCUUGCCUCACUUCAUCUCGAAUGACCCAAUCGCCGCGCUGAACACCAUCCACAGCCAUGUAGACACAGCGCACGCCAGCUCGAAUUCCGUCGAGGCGGAGACUUUCCUCCCUAUCUUCCUGUCUUCUCUCACGCUCUAUUCGAAACCUAUCGACCUAUGGUUGCUCACCGGCGAGAUCGAGACUACGGAACCAUUCUUUGUCUUUGAAGUCAACAGGAAACCGCGGGUGGCUAGCACCUUGUUGCAUGAUUGGUUCACCCUGGCUGCUGCAAAAGACAGCUUGAUCCCAGUAUUCCUGGAGAAGUUUGCCGAAAGGAUCUUCACAAUCGGCAAAACUGCUGCCUUUUUGCGCCAUCUCGGACGAGCCGCCCCAAACAGCUGCAACAGCGAACUGGGAGUUGCGGCCGCCGCGGCGGAGACAGCUCAUCUGAUGAUGAGUUCGCCAUUACCUUUCUCCGCAACGUUCGAAAUGAUCCUUGAUCGACAUCUCAACAAUCUACUUGAGGCUUCCACACUCACUCUGAGGUAUAUUCUGGAGAGCAGCCUCGGUCUGACCAGAUUUCUCGAUGCACUCGACUACCUCUAUCUUGCGAAAGAUGGUGUCCUCCUCGAUAGCAUCGAAAGCAAGAUGUUCGACCGGAUAGAUCGCUGCUUAGAGAUGUGGAACGACCGCUUUCUUCUCUCUGAUCUCCUGGCUGAAGCAUUCCACAACUCUGAUUGCGUGGAUGUUGAUGCAAUCACAGUCCAGUCGGCGUAUACCUCUUCCCGGAGCAUGGAAAAUCGGCGCCGCUCCGUCAAGAUCCUAGGUGCCGUGUCCGUCUCAUACCACGUUAGCUGGCCGAUUGCAAAUAUCAUCCUCCCUACCUCCAUGGUUUCCUAUCAACGCGUUGCUCUAAUGCUCAAUCAAGUCCGCCGCGCCAGGUCCUUGCUCGAGGGCCGAGCUUACUUCCACGUUCAACAUAUGCCUUUACCAUUUGACAAUCUCAACGAACACAGACUUGCACGACUGAUAUACUGGCAGCUGUCUCAUUUUGCGAACACUCUCUAUAGCCAUCUUACGAGCUGCACGGUCCAAACUUUUACAACGACUAUGCGCGAACGGUUGCAAUGCUCCUCAACUAGGAGCCUUGACGAUAUGAUAGCAAUUCACACUCACUACAUCGCCGCGCUGGAGCAUGCGUGCCUGAGCAGUAAACGUAUCAAACCACUACGCGAUGCACUCGUUACCAUCCUCGAUCUGUGCAUUCGAUUUACGGAUCUCGUAACCUCGCCUUCAGCCAUUCCUGAUGUGCGGCCAGCUUCGGGAGAUGCACAUGGAGAUUUCGAGGCGAGCAGUUUCAUCUCGGCGCGCAGCCAGAGAAGACGCCGAGGCAGGAGACAAGAUGAGGACUAUUCCUCGGAGGAGGAUGAUGAUACGAGCAUGGAAGAGGGAUACUCCACAUUCGUCCUUGAACAAGACACUUCGCUCAUCGAAGAGAUGGUGAAAGUGAGAGACAUGUUCAGGAAACACGCCGAGUUCUUGAUCGCGGGCUUGAGAGCUGUGGCGAGGGGUUCGAGUUCGAGUUCGAGUUCAGCACAAGGACAGGGACCAGGACCCCAGGCAUGGGAAGUGGGCGAGAACUUUGAACUGUUGGCCGACUCGCUAGAAGGAGUGUUUCCUGUAAGCAGGAAGGUAGCUUUUUGAAUUUUGAUCCCGAGUUGGUUGAAUCCGAAGCCCACUGGGCAAAGAUGGCAGCGCUAGGGGUAUUUUAUCGACUCUCCUAUCCAACGCCGCUUUUCAUCG